AUGUUUUUCUCACAACCCGCCCACCUCGCCAAGGCCGAGGAACUCAAGCAGGCGCCCCCAAAAGGCGUGGCCUACUCUGUCGCCAUUCCCGGCACUGAGCAGCCCGGCCGCAGUCGGGUAUACCGAGCAUGGAAUGCGCAGAAGGAGCUUUUGACCACACUGGACCCCCAGGUCCUCACGGCCCAUGACAUGUUCGAAUCGACCGCCAACCGCCAACCCAAGAACCACUGCCUCGGAUGGCGUCCGUAUAACCCCACGACCAAGGGCUGGGAUCCAUACCAGUGGCUCACAUAUGAGACUGUGCAAAAGCGGCGUGCCGCGUUUGGCGCUGGUCUGGUAGAGCUGCACCAGAAGCACGACUGUCACCGCCCAGGCCAGUAUGGUGUUGGUCUCUGGGCGCAGAACCGCCCCGAAUGGCAGAUUACUGAUUUGGCUUGUAUUUCCCAAUCACUCUAUUCCGUCUCGAUCUACGAUGUCCUGGCCCCGGAUGCCACCGAAUACAUUAUCAACCAUGCCGAGCUGAGCUGUGUCGUUACCUCUCUACCGCAUAUUCCUACUCUGCUCAAGCUUAAGUCCUCCCUGCCCAACUUGAAGAUCAUUGUCAGUUUGGACCCGCUGGAUGGCGAUGAUCAGAACGGUCACUCCAAGCGCGCCCUGCUCGAGUCUAUGGCCGCCGGUCAGGACCUCACAAUUUACACAAUCGACCAGGUUGAGGAGCUGGGUCUUGCUUCUGGGCGCGGAUACAACGCUCCUUCUGCCUCUGAUAUUGUUACUAUCAACUACACCUCCGGCACCACCGGACCUCCCAAGGGUGUUGUGUUGACCCACGGUAGUGCCGUGGCUGCCACUUCCUGCGGUCUGGCUACCAUUGGCCAGGCUCGCGGUGACACAAUGUGCUCUUAUCUUCCGCUGGCGCAUAUCUAUGCCCGUCUGGCAGAGCACUGUGCCUUUUGGGGAGGUGCGCGAAUUGGCUACUUCCACGGAAACAUCGUAGAGUUGGUUGACGACUUGAAGUUGCUGAAGCCUACCGGCUUCAUGUCUGUGCCCCGUCUUUACAGUCGAUUCGGCACGGCGAUUCGUGCUGCGACAGUUGAGCAGCCCGGCUUCAAGGGUGCCCUGUCGCGACACAUUGUCGCAGCCAAGACGGCCAACAUGGAGAACCCCGAUCCCUCCAAGGCGACCAUCAAGCACGCCUUGUAUGAUCGCAUUUGGGCGAAGAAGGUUGCUGCCGCUCUCGGUCUGGAGCGGGCUAGAUACAUGGUGUCUGGCUCCGCUCCCCUGGACCCAACCCUGCACAACUUCCUGCGCAUCGCAACCGGCACCGACGUUGUCCAGGGCUACGGUCUGACCGAGUCCUACGCCUCCGCCACCGCCCAGUCAACCUACGACCUCACAACCGGCAACUGCGGGCGCCUCGCGCCCUGCACGGAAGCAUGCCUGAUCUCCCUCCCCGACAUGGAGUACUCCGUAGACGACAAGCCGUUCCCCCGCGGCGAGCUCCUGCUCCGCGGCAAUAACAUGUUCCGCGAGUACUAUAAGAACGACGAAGAAACCUCCAAGGCGCUCACCGAAGAUGGCUGGUUCCGCACCGGCGACGUAUGCACCGUCGACGCCCAGGGCCGCUUCAUCAUCAUCGACCGCCGCAAGAACGUCCUUAAGCUCGCCCAGGGCGAGUACAUCUCCCCCGAGCGCCUGGAAGGCGUCGUCCUGUCCGAGCUCGGCUACGUCGCCCAGGCCUACAUCCACGGCGACAGCAUGCAGACCUACCUGGUUGGCAUCUUCGGUGUUGCGCCGGACCUCUUCGCUCCGUACGCCAGCAAGGUCCUAGGCAAGACCAUUGCCCCGACCGACCUGGACGCCAUCAAGGAGAGUCUCAAAGACGACAAGCUGCGUCGUGCCGUGCUGCGCGAUCUGGAGCGCGUGGCCAAGAAGCACAAGUUUGCUGGGUACGAGCGCGUGCGCAACGUCUCGCUGCAGGUUGAGCCGUUCACCGUUGAGAACAACCUGUUGACUCCGACUCUCAAGCUCAAGCGUCCUCCCACCGUCAAGGUCUACCGCUCCCUCUUGGACCAGCUCUACGAGCAGGCGAACGAGGAGCAGUCCGCUCCCCGAGCCAAACUGUAG